GGACACGGCAGUACGAGGAGCUGCAGAACACAGGAGACACACAAAGGUGCCACAGAGAACAGAAAAUUAGUAAUCAUGAUUCGAGGUCUGCUGUCGGUGCUGUUGGUCCUGGUGGCUGUAGCUGUGUCUUCAUCUCUGGCUAAGCCUGAGAAGAACAUUGCCAAGAGGGGGAAGAGGAUCCCCCAGACUCUCUCCAGAGGCUGGGGUGAUCAACUGGUCUGGGCUCAGACCUAUGAGGAGGCUCUGUACUGGGCCAGGGCACAGAACAAGCCUCUGAUGGUCAUCUUCCACCUGGAGGACUGUCCCCACAGUGCAUCCAUGAAGAAGGUCUUCGCCGAAGACAAGGACAUCCAGAAGGUGGCUGAUGAAGACUUCAUCAUCCUCAAUCUGGUGUAUGAAACCACAGACAAACAUCUUUCCCCUGAUGGCCAGUAUGUCCCUAGAAUCAUCUUUGUCGAUCCCUCUAUGACAGUGAGAGCUGACAUCACAGGGCGCUACUCCAACCGUAUGUACGCCUAUGAGCCUUCUGACAUCAAACUCUUAUUGAGCAACAUGCAGAAAGCCAAGAAGCUGCUGAAGACUGAGUUGUAAGCACUGACUCAUCAUGUGACCCCGUGACCUUUGGCCUGCGACCUCAGAGGUUUUCUGAACAUUCUCUAAAUAUUCUUGGAACAUUCUCUGAACAUUCUCUGGAGCCUAGGAGUCAGCCAGUGGCAUACUGUCACCAUGUAAACCUAAGCACUGGAAAGAACUAGUCUUCAAUUUCACAAAACGCAAUUCCAUUUUUAAAAUUCUGUUAUUUUUCCUGAACCUCUCUGUCUUUGUAAUGUAUUGCUGUACAUCUGAGAUGUCUUUUUAUUAAAUAUAGUGCAAUUAUUAAAUUAUGUGUGUGUCAUUGGAAAAUGUAACCAGAUCAUCUGAAUGUAUUCAGUCCUUUCACCCUUCAUGACAAUGACUCAAGUUAAAAGGGCUAUUGAAAAAAUACAGUGUGCAUGAAUGCGUGUGUUUGUGUGUGUGUAGCUAGGGAGUGAGUGUUGACAUCCUGGUCACGUCCUGAAUGGGCGGGGUCACAUCCUGAAUGGGCGGGGCCAGAGAGGAUCUCAAAGGACUUUUCCUGAACCAGUCACAGCCUGAUUGCCUGGCUACCGAACAUCAAGACACCUUUGCUGUGUAAUGGGCUUCUUUCUUAAGCAGGGCACUGGUUGGUCGGGAAUGACACACACACACACACACACACACACACACACACACACACACACACACACUCUACACACACCAACACAUUAUUCUCAGUAAUGUCAUGAAGUACUGUAAUAUUGUAAUGUAAUAAGUUAAUGGGAAUCUAUGUUAAUGAUAUGCCAGAAAGCAAAUAAAAGCAUUAUUUUGUGUCAUUCCA